AUGUCCUACAGCUACUGCUCUGGAAACUUCUCCACCUCCCGUCGGUGCUACAGGCCCUACUCCUCCUGUGGCUCUUCCUACCCCAGUAAUCUGAUCUACAGCACCACCAGCUGCCUUCCCAGUACCUGUAAGAUGGGCUCUCUUCUCCAGCCUGACUGUCAAGAGCCCCGCAUUGAGCCUACCAGCUGCCAGAGGUCCUGUGUGGUCAACCUGGUCUACAGCAGCACGAGCUACUCUCCCAGGACCUGUCAGCUAGACUCCACUCUCCACAGUGGCUGUCAGGAGACCUGCAUUAAGCCCAUCAACAGCCAGGAAUCUUGUGUGGUGUCUAACCCCUGCCAGACCCACUGCUACUACCCAAGGAGCUCCACACCUUGCAGCCCCUGCAAGCCUUCUUAUGCUGGAUCCCUGGGAUUUGGAUCCAGCAGCUGCUUUUCUGGUAGCUUUGGAUCCAGAAGCUGCUAUUCAGGGGGCUGCGGAUCAAGUGGCUUCAGAUCUCUGAAUUAUGGAGUUCCUUGCUUCCCUUCCCUGAGUUAUGGGUCCAGAUACUGCCACCCAAACUACUUUGCCUCUAGUAUCUGCCAACCUUCUUAUUACUUUCAACACUAUGACUCUGUCCCCUGUGGAUUCAGCUGUUAA